CAUAAAUAACAAAUUAAAAUUAAUAUUCAAUGCAUGUACGUGUAAUGACUAGAAAGAUAGCGUGCACUUUCAUUCUCAAAAUUCAUCUUAAAAUUAGAGCAAUUUAUUAUGACUCAUUCACGGUCUGAGAUCCCUGUAGGUAGAUCGACGAUUUCAGAGAACAUAGUGCAAUACAAGCAUGGAUGAAUUGAACAAAAUCAAGAAGGUCCUCAAAGUUUGGGAAAGUCAGUUUCUCAAUGAACAGGGAAGAAAACCAAACAAGGCUGAUAUAGAAACUGCGCCAGAUAACAUCAAAGAAUUCUACUCAAAAUACACCAAAAUAAAAAAGAUACUUUCAACAAAUGAGACACCGGGAUACCCUGAUAAAGAAAAUAAAGUGAUACAAAAGUCUCCAGGGGCUAAACCUAUGGAAGAAAUGUCUAAUAUGGACAAACCUCCACAAGAUAAGAAUAAGGAACCAAACGCUGAUGAAGCACUUAGAUCCGGAAAUGAAGAGUUACAAUCUGAAGGUUGUUCAAACACUGAAAAUGAAACUGACAAAGAAUGUGAGGAAGGGGGUGGGAGAGGAGGAGAACAGGUUGAGGUUUGGGGGAGUAAAUUUAACAGAAAGUCAACAGGGAGUGGCGCCGGCAAAAGCAUCCAAUCCGGAAAUGUUAAAUCGGUAGAAGGCAAACCCAGUUUUCUGCACAACCUGGGAAAGCGCUUGUUUGAGCAGUCAUUAAAAACAGACAACAUGAAUAAGAGCUUGAAGCCUGGUCUACAACCAUGGAGGAAGCCAGAUACCCCAAGAAGAGGUUUGAGCCCAGCCUGGAUGCAGCCCUUACCACGACCCCAGGCCCCUGUCAGUAAACUGGGCACCAGACCAGCUGGGACAGGAAAUCUAUGUCAAGAUACAGAGAGUCCCACAAGUUUCUUCACAGAUCCCAAUGAUUUCACAGAUGUAAAGCCUGCUUUUUUCAGCAAAACAUUUCAAAGGGCAGCCAUGAUUGCAAAAUACACGGGAAAAACUGCGACUGAAGAGUUGGAAGAACCAGUUGUCAGUAAAUUUCAGUCCUCUUUCAGACCAAAACAAACUUUUCUACCUGGGCAUUUGUCAAAAUUAGUCAGCAAGCAUAGAGAGACGUUAAGCUUUGAAGAGGAUAUUGAAGAAGAAGCUGAUAUAUUUGAUGUAAGACAAGUUCAUGAAAUUGAGGAUGGAGAAGAAGAUGCAAAAUCUGGUUCGGGGCAUUCAUGGAACAUGUCUGUAGCUAAGUUGAUAAGCCAAGAUGAAAAGGACGAAAAGAAAAGGAAAACUCUUGAAAAGAAAACAGCGAAAGAUGAAAAAAUGGAAAAGUCAAGGGUUGCAGAAAUUAAUAAGAAAGAUGAAUCUGGAAAAGAAACUUCUAAUAUAGCUGACAUGGGUAAGAUACAUGAAGAGAAGAGAGAAUUAUGUGAUACUAAUGAAACAACAAACAACAAUUUAAGUAUAUCUGUUUCAUUAAAGGAAGGUACAAAAAGGACCACAAGAAAUAAAAAAUCUACCCCUAUUUACCCAGAGGGGAUUUCUACAGAUAAACAACAACCUAUAGAUGAUUUACAUGAGGAAGAUGAAAUAAGCCUAAAUGAAAUUAAAAAACAGUCAAAACGUGCAGCUAGAAAACCGAGAAAGCCUGUAAUAAGUGAUGACUCCGAUGAUGCUGUACAUAAAUCUGAAGCUGACAAAGAUGUUAAUGAAGUGGACACUGAUCAGGAACUAAACAGGACCAAGGGUGGUAAGAAAAGAAAGAAGGCUGGGUCAGAGGCGACUGGGACCAAAGCGACCAAGAAGCGCAAGACAAAUGCUGGCACAUCUGUGGAUAGUGCAGGUGUUGUUGAGGAGCCAGGGGAGGCUAUUCAUGCACCUGUGAAGAAAGCACCUGCCAGGGCGAAGAAACCUGCUUCAAAUGAGAACUUCAUCAAGCUGAACAUGAAGGUCAAGACAUACAAACGCAAGGGUAAGCACAUGACUGGGCCCCAGUACAAGCGUAUGAUGUGGAAACAGAAGAUGCAGGCUCGUAGCAAGAGUUAUGGGGACGCGUGCUUCAAAUGCGGUCAGACCGGACACUGGGCCAACAAGUGUCCUGGAGCAGGGGCAGCAGCUGCUGCUAACAAGUAUGAGAAGGAGCAGGUGCUUGAUGAGGAUUUCCCAAGCUUGCUUGAGGCGGCCAGCAUGGCACGGGGAUGCACCGUCUCCAGAAUUGCAAAAACAGUUUCUACUCCAUCCUCAUCCACUCUGCCUACUGAAGCUGCAAAUGAUGUCGGCAUGGAAACGACACCCGUUGUUGAGGGCGACGAGGAACUGGAGUUUGAGUCUGGAAUAGUGAGGUCACACAGGGAGAUCAAUGUGGCCCCACCGCCAAUGGAGCCCCUGCUGAAAUGUGGGGAUGGUGAAAUGUUACCAGCAACGCCAGACCUCGUUUGGAAGGGUUUGAAGAAAUUUGGCUUUGACAGUUUCCGUCAUGGCCAGGAAGAGGCGGUGAUGAGGAUCCUCUGUGGCCUGUCAACCCUCGUGGUUAUAUCAACUGGGGGAGGUAAAUCCCUGUGUUACCAGCUGCCAGCCUAUCUGUAUGCCCAGAGGUCCCCAUGUAUCACACUGGUGGUGUCCCCUCUGGUCUCCCUAAUGGAGGAUCAGGUGACCGGUCUUCCACAUGGCAUCCGUGGAGUGUGUCUGCACACAAACAUGACCCCCAGUCAGCGGGAGAGUGUGUUAACCCAGGUCAGGUCCGGCAAGGCCCAGUUCCUGUUGGUCUCCCCAGAGGCGGUUGCCGGGGGCAGCAUGUCCCUUAUAUCCACCAUGGGCUCACUGCCCCCUGUGGCGUUUGCUUGCAUAGACGAGGCCCACUGCCUGUCGGAAUGGUCCCACAACUUCAGGCCGUCGUAUCUAAGGCUUUGUCAGGUUCUACAGCAAAAGCUGGGAGUGCAGUGCUUCUUGGGUCUCACGGCAACGGCCACAUUGUCAACGGCGUCUGAUGUAGCUAAGCACCUGCGUAUCUCGGACUUCAAGAGGGCCACUGUGCGGGGCUCGCCUAUCCCACCCAACCUGGUGCUUUCCGUGUCUAGUGAUGAGGAAAAAGAUCAGGCCUUGAUUGGUUUGCUUAAAGGAGAACGAUUCAGCUCGCUUAACUCCAUCAUCAUCUACUGCACGAGGCGGGACCAUACUGACAAGGUGGCCACAAUUAUCCGCACCUGCAUGAACACCGGAGCACCUGCGGAGAAACUCACUGACAACGGCAGACGACAAAAACCAAAACUCGAGUGGGGUGCGGAAAGUUACCAUGCAGGUCUGAGCGCCGCUCAGCGAAAGAGGGUCCAGAACGCUUUUAUGGGAGGGAAACUGAGAGUUGUGGUGGCAACGGUGGCAUUUGGAAUGGGGCUGGACAAGUCUGACGUGCGCGGUGUGAUCCAUUAUAACAUGCCAAAGAGCUUCGAGAGUUAUGUGCAGGAGAUUGGGCGGGCAGGGAGAGACGGUGAACGGGCAGACUGCCAUGUAUUUCUAGACCCCGAGCCUGAGCGCUGAUUGGCUGAUACACUUACAAGGAAGGAAGUGGUUGAGAUCUGGCAUCAUGUCUGUUCAAAGCAAAUUCAAUGGAGAAAGUUGUCAG